AAGGAACUUAUUCCCUCACUUCACUUCCAACCCAACACUAGCAUUCAUUUUUUACAAUCACAAUUGACACUACAAAGCUCAGACAUUAUUACUCAAAAUACUCAACAAUUACACAAUUGAUUUGUAAUUUUAUAUCGUUAUUUGCGUUAUGUUUCUGGAUGCCUAUGGAAACCCAAAAGAGAUAACUCUCGAAAAUCUGGAUGAAUAUCCAUAUAGUUUGCAUGGUGUGAUGCUGCUAACAUCGGCUGACUACGAGGUUUUUAUUCCACCAGGUUGGCAUGGCACAAUUUACAGCACCGAAGAGCUGCUGGACACCUAUCGCCGACGCUUUCAGCCCGAUUGCACGCUGUUGACUUUUCAUGCACUGGAGCCCUACGAACCGGAAUUAAUAUGCUGCGAACGCGUUGUCAUCGAGAUAACUGUACUGCCAGCCGGCCAAACUUUGCACUCGGGCACCGAUAUCGUUGUGUUUCUGGUCAAAAUUUACGAUGUCAACACACUAAUCACCAAAGAACUGGGCACCGAAUUGAAUUUCUUUCCCAGCACCCAUCAUUAUCAUGUCCGCAUCAUGACCGAAGGCAUCGAUAUGCUCUACAUCGAUGAGCGAGCCUAUGGCAGCGAAUCUGCCUGCUAUCAGCAGCAGUGUGUGCACAAUCUCUUAAAGAAACUGCAUCCGUUGGGUGUCAGGGGACUCACGGGGAAGACGCUGCCUGACCAUCUCAAUGGCAUGUGCCGCAAACUGGAUGCCGUCAAGAAGUAGAAACUCUCAAUAAAUCUAACUUCUAAUCUGAUGGAGACGCAUUAGUUGCGGCUGACUGAGCGAAGAUAUCAACGAGGAUGUCAAGUUAAAUUGCAGUCUUGUUCUUGUUACUUUCCAAUUUGGCAAUAUUCAAAAAAAAGU